UGUUCAACGGAAAGGUUUGUGUCUUAAACGCCGCAGCCUCGUUUAAACAAAAUUAAAGUUUAUUUUUUUACAAGUAAUGCCAAACUAAUAAAUAUAACCGUGUGAUAGUUAAACUAACUUUUAUUUACAAACUUAAUUAGUUUAAAGUGAACGCGAGUAGCAGAAACGGCGCGUCUCAUUUCUCCGUCGUGAAUCUUGACUAAACAAAGAGGAAAACUCCUGGAGAAGCGACUGAGAUCUGCUCUUCAUUAUCAUCUACUGUUAUAAAGAUGGCGUUAAUUAAAGAGGAGAAUGAAGAUGUGAGGAUUACAGAAGAGAGUGAAGGUCCGAGGAUCACAGAAGUGUUCACACUGAAACAUGAAGAUCCUGAGGAACAAACAGGGCUGAUGGUGCUGAAAGAAGAGACUCAAGAACUGAAUGAAAUUGAAGAGAAAGAUCAGUGUGGGAAACACCCAGAUUUAAUGACUGAUAAACCAUCUUUACUGGCAAAGAACACUUCAUGUAAAAGAGCUGAGAAAACCAAAUCUUUCCCCUGUCAUCAGUGUGGAAAACGUUUCAAUAAAAAACAAAACCUUAAAAUCCACAUGAGAAUUCACACUGGAGAGAAGCUUUCCACAUGUGAUCAGUGUGGAAAGAGUUUCACUGCAAAAUCAGGUUUCGAAAUCCACAUGAGAACUCACACCGGCGAGAAGCCUUUCUCAUGUACUGAGUGUGGAAAGAGUUUCAGUCACAAACAAAACCUUGAAAUUCACAAGACGAUUCACACCGGGGAAAAACCGUUUGCCUGUCAGCAUUGCGGAAAAAGAUUCAGUCAAAUGGGUAAUCUUAAAGUUCACUUUCGUGUUCACUUUGGAGAGAGGCCGUACACCUGCCAACAGUGUGGAAAGAGUUUCAGUCACAAACACAACCUUGAAAUUCACAAGAAGAUUCACACCGGGGAAAAGCCAUUUGCCUGUCAGCAUUGCGGAAAAAGAUUCGGUCAAAUGAGUAAUCUUAAAGUUCACAUUCGUGUUCACUCUGGAGAGAGGCCGUACACCUGCCAACAGUGUGGAAAGAGUUUUGCAUGCAAGUCUACUCUUAGUGUUCACAUUAUGCAUCACACUGGAGAGAAACCGUUUACGUGUGAUCAGUGUGAAAAGAGAUAUGUAUGUAAACGAGAGCUUAACCGGCACAAGAAGAUUCAUGCAAAAGACAAAUGUUUCAAAUCUGAUCUCUGUGUAGGUCUGGCCACAAUACCAAUCGUCAAGAAUUGCCCAAGUGAGCAUGUCAGUUUUUGUCUUGCCAAUUAAUCUAGCAACAAACACCCAAUGCUCCUGCGCCUCUUUAUAAUUUACUCCACUGAAAUGCCAGUAAAGACAUGGGCUGCGUUUAAAAGCGCCCAAUACCCCUAAAUAGUGCACUAUUUGGGGGAGCAGCCAUUUCUAGUGCUGUCCGAAACCAUAGUGCAUGUUCUGAAGUGCUCUCAAUUAAUGCCACAAUGCAUUGCAAUAUAAGUUUACAACCAAUGUACAGUCAACAGCUAGAAAUUCCACAUAAUGCACUGUGAGGGUUUGUGCAUCAAAUUAAUUUGCAUCUGGCCACAAGAUGGCAUCCCAAGUGUCUAAAUACUUUACUAUUUACUUAAAGCCAUGUAGUUAGCGAGUUUAGUGCUCUAAUUGUCUCGCUCACUUCAGUCACUACUUUAAGUGGACGUGUGUACGGAAUGGUGAACGAGGAUAUAGUGGGGCUUAAUUUGCUCCGGAACACGCCAGAUCCGGCACCUGAUUCCCCCCGGAAACUUCACAGAUAUCCAGGAACAGGAUUGGGCACCCCUGGUUUAGUUAGUUAAUAGAUUAGAUUUUUUUUUGUCUCAUUUCAUUUUGUUUUUACUUUUAGUAUAGUUUUUGUAGAAUUAUUGCUUUGUUUUUCUUGGUAUUUCAUAUUCCUUAUAAGUUUAUGAUCGUGUGGAAUCAAAGUAAACUGUUUUAAUGAGUAACAGAAAAGAGAAUUUCUCCAUUUUAAUGGCAGUAAUCUUUCAUAUGCUUGUUUUUGAUAUUGUGAUAUAGGUCUUAAAUUUAAUACUUUAAUAAAAAGUUUUAAAUUUGACACUAUGAUAUCUGCAGAAACCCUGUAAUAACUCUUGUUAGAUUUGUCCUGGUCAGACGAUGUCUGAGCAUUAAAACAUACAGAACUGUGAUUACUCAAUAAACUCAGCUUUCUUUGUCAUCAUUA